AUGCGGUUUACUGAAUCAAUUCUGGCUUUCCUUGUUGGGGGGGCUGUUGCUGCUCCGUCUUAUGAUGUCUUACCUCGAGCUAAGGAGAACAUAGACAUCACAGUUAUAGACGAGGGAAAUCCAAUGGCUAACUGGGUCACCGUCAUCCAGCCUACCGCCCACAUCAAAAGAGAGGAGGACCACUUUGAGUUGAAGAAUGAACUUACUCUUGAGUGGGUCCCAGAUGCUUCCGCCAAGCAAAAGAGAGAUGCUUCCCACAAGAACACAGGAGGAACUGGCACAAAGCUCGAGGCUAAGUAUCCCCGCGACAGUGAGAAGGUCAUCCACAUGGAAAGCUUCCGCGACAAGCUGAAGGAAUCUGACUGCGAUUCUAAAUCGUGGUCCUUGACAUUCAAGGAAAAGGAAGGGUUCGAUGCUGCCAAGGCAACGUGGGACUGGGUCAAGACACAAGGGAACCACUUCGUCAUGUUCGUGCCCUCUACGAAGUGUUUGUCCUCGAUUGUGAACAAGGAUAAGCCCCUCUUCCCCAUGCCCUUCAACGUCACCGACGUCGAGUAUGAUGAAAAGAACCUCAGAGUCUCCUUGAGUUCCAGAGCGAUCAGCUACGUUGAUGCCGUCCGCACUGGCGCCUUGCGCACCGAGCAUGGGGCCGUAGAUUCGAAGCUGCAGCCCCGCGCAGCCUCCUUGGACCGCCGCGCGAGGUGGGCGUUCCCUAUAUCCCUCAACAGAGACUUUGAGUCGACAGACAAAGACGUCCUGAAAAACGACAAGGUGACCCUUUCCUGCGCCAAGGGCAGUAUGACCGGCGAUAUGGGCAUGGCCUUUGGCGCGGAGUGGAAUUGGUGGUCGUUCGGCGUUCCCACUCAGGCAUAUUACGAGGUCUGGGCCGACGAUAUCGGGUCUAACAUGCACCUCUCUUUAAGCGGCGAGGUGAGCACCAAGUUUAAAGACCACAAACAAUUGUGGAACCAUGAAUUUGCUGGACUCGGAAUCCCGGUCUUGGCGCACGUCUCCGUGGACGGAUCGUUCGGCGUCGGCUACGAUGUCGAGGUCAAGGCCAAGGGCGAAGUCACCUGGGGUGGUAGUUCUCAGAACUCGAAGCGGAUGUACCAUAAAAAGUGCUUUUAUGGCUGCGAUGAUAUCAAUAAUGGCUGGGAUGUCCAGGCCUUGAAGUAUCCCGCUAGGGUGAGCGGCGAAGUGAACAUGGAGACUGAUGUAUACGCAUACACUUCGCUCCAUGGGUCAGUGGACGUCUUCGGGUUUCACGGAGAGGCGGGCUUGGGGCUCCAGGCCCCUAAAUUCAAGGCCACGUUUACCGGCAUGGCUGGCCAAGACGUGUGCGACAACCCACAGUUCCACUUCGGGUUGAGGGCAAACUUGGAGGUCGGCAUGGACAUCUACCUGUACGCGGGUACCGAUGCCAUUGAUAGCAAUCACGUGUCCAUCUGGAGUGGGUCGAUCCCGGUCUUCCAGUCGUGCUACGGCUUUCCAACGAAAGAAGCCGCCAUAGCUCCACCGCCUAAUAUGGAGUCACCGGACGGGUCAUGCGGGGGGGAGAAGGGCUACCUCUGCCCAGGGAGCAAAUACGGUGACUGCUGUGGUGCGGAUGGCCGCUGCGGCGACACCCCUUCACAAUGCGUGCGUGAUUCGGGCUGUCAACUUUCCUUUGGUUGGUGCGAUGGUUUUGCGAACGAAUACUGCUUUAGUGGCGGGACAGAGAUGAACGAAUCUGAGAGAGCGAACGCUCGAGUCCACAUCAACGAGAUGUGUGGAGUCCUUGGCGGACAUUUCAACCAAGGGCAGAAAAAGUUUGUAGACAGCCCCAUCGGGGGCGGCAAGUGGGCCAACUACAUGGCUGAAAACAGACAUGGCAAGGCCCGCGACCUAAGCUUUGAGUGGUGCCAGGUAGGCCUCCAAAGAAUGGCCGAUGUUACUUGUCAGUCGGGUCACCAGACCGGCGCUUACGGCGAAAUUCACGGGUUUAAAUUCUGGUUUGUACAUUCCAGUUCCGAACGUCUUGGACCGUGCUAA